AUGAAGAUCGCCACCGGUGCCACGGCACUGUUGACAGCCGCGUCUUGGAAUGUAGCCGGCCUUUUGGUACAUACCGCCCCUACGGCAACUAUAGAUGGCGGCAUUGUUGUCGGGACCACGACACGGGUUCCAGGGGCGACGGCCGUGGUUAACAAGUUUCUUGGAAUUCCAUUCGCAGAGGCGCCGCUUGGGACUGGGAGAUUCUCGGUGCCGCGACCGACGAGCUGGACGGGGUCCAUAGAUACGAAGGCUUUCAAGCCGGCUUGCAUGCAGGCUUUUAGACCGAUCGACGAUCGCGACUUCAUCCAAGAUGUGUUCAGCAUUCCGCGGCCUGAAGAAAGUGAGGACUGUCUCUAUCUCAACGUCUUCGCUCCCAAAAAGACUUGGAAGAAGUCUUUGAGGAAGUCGCGGUACCCGGUACUCUACUGGAUCUACGGUGGCGGAUUCAGCUUCGGUAACGCCGGGCAGCCCAUAUACGAUGGCUCGCAUUUGGCUGCACUCGAAGAUGUGAUCGUUGUCUCUGUCAACUACCGCACGAAUGUCUUCGGCUUUCCCAUCGCACCCGACAUCACUAAUCUCACAGAGCGGAACCUAGGUUUGCUGGAUCAGCGCGCAGGGCUGACUUGGGUGCAACGAAACAUCAAGGUCUUUGGUGGAGACUCCAAACGCGUAACCAUCUUUGGUCAAUCUGCCGGUGCAUAUUCAGUCGACGUGCUCCUUACUGCACCUUGGCCAAAUGGUCCGCCUUUCCACGCCGGCAUCAUGGAGAGCGGCACCUAUUCCUACAAUCCACUUCCAAACUGCAACGACACCGAUUUUUCGUCCUGGACGGUUCUCCUCAAUCGCCUCGGAUGCGAUAAUGCAACCUCGACAUUCGACUGCAUGAAAAAGACCCCAGCCUCAGACAUACGCUACGCUCAGGAAAAAUACAACAUCGGGUUCGGCAUGGCUGGUGAUAACGUAACUAUAGUUUGCGAUCCGCGUCUCCGCCGCGAAGCCGGCAUGUUCGCCCACGUCCCUGUGAUCGGCGGGUCGGCCGUCCAAGACGGAAGCUACUACGCGGCGAAGAACGGUACGGAUAUCGAUCGAUAUUUCAACACGAUUUUCCCCGGUGAGGCUGCCCUCAAAGAGAAGAUUCUCGACGCGUAUAAGCUGGAUCCUUCAGAGGGGCGAUUUGACAACAUGAGUAUUUUGACGCAAAUCCAUACGGAUUGGAAUUUCCACUGCGUAGGUGCCCUGUCGAAAGUCGGUGAUAAUGAAUAG